AUGGAGUCCUACUUCAAAGACGGAGCCCAUAUAGCCUUAAUGUCAUCGCAAGAGGAACAACAAACAAGGGACCACCAGUGUUCGCAGCCAGAUCAAGCAGAGAACACUUCACCUCAGCUUUCCUGGCGCAGCUCCUCAUCAUCAUCCACCACAGUCUUCGAUUGUGAGGAGGCAAGUCAUCCUCAUGAGAGGUCUAUCGACUACAACGGCCAUGAGUGGUCUAGUGGUCCCGAGUCGUCGGACACACUGGUAGGCACCUUCAUCGCCAACCACUUUUCCAGUCUUAAGCAGAAGGGCAAGUCUGGGUACAUGCAGCUUCCCGACAAUUCUUACGCCUCGAAACCGAGGUUGGGUACAAGCAAGAAGAAAGCCGUCUGCCUCCUCCUGUUCGCGGCAACCUUGCUUGGUGCCGGAGGCAAGGCGGUACUUAAAGCUAUCAAUCAGGCCUCACACAACGACCACAAAGAUCCCUUCACUGUGUCUCUUCACGAUGAAGACUCGCUUCAAGAUGCUUCAAUAGAGAUCCCCACACUACCCCGACCCGUGCAGCCUUUCUCCGCAGAUGAGGUGCUCCCUUUCAAGUUGCAUCACGAUGACAGUGUAGAAAUUUCCACUAUUGCACCUCAGCCAUCAGCGACUAACAAGCGGCAGCUCACUUCGAUUCCAGCACAGCAGCUCUUGUUUGACAAGCAAGGAUGUGUCGAGGCAUGGGUAGGCCAAGGCACCGUAUGUGACGAAAUGAAGGUCGCUUAUCGAGAAAGACCGGAUCAUACUAGCAUCGACUUGCUCUACUCAUGGGUUAAUGGAUCUGACUGGCGUCACUCGAGUGCCAAGUGGUUGCACGGAUACCGUCCGACAGGUCGUUGGCAAGAAUAUGUUGAGGAGGAUCUGUUUCCAUCAGUGCCCUCUCCUGAGGGUAGAGACUUAUACCAACCACGAUCUGUCGCUCGCCGUUCGUUGACACAGCCAAAGCCAGUUGACGACAAGAAGCUACCUCGCAGAGGAGCAGCGAUCCGGAACCGCUUCCGCGACCACGAAGAGCUGUGCUACUCCAUGCGUUCAGCAACGAAGCACCUCCAUGGUUUGGCGAACAUUCACAUUGUGUCUCCCGACUUUUCAGCGCCGUACCACUUGCAGCCUGGAGCGAAGCAAUCGUCGCCUCCCAACGCAGUCAAAAGAGCCCUGAACAAGGUUGCCUCUACUUUGCGUCGUCGAUCUACACCGCCACCCUUCAUGCUGGACGUCCAAAGGCUCACAGAGGGCUUUGUCGGUUUGCCUUCCCAGCUUCGUAGAGUUCAAGGCCUCGGAACUGACCGCUUCACCUCGGGCGAAGGCCAAAUCCGAGAAGGCCAAGUGCCGCAAUGGCUUUCCGUCGCUAACGCGACUCACGUUGUUGCAGGUCAAGAAGCUGCCUCGCCGACCUCAACAUCCUUCCUUGACUCUCUCACACAUCUGCUCACUCCCGACGUCACAACACCCAAAGUACACCUGCAUCACGACUGGAACGCAUUUACCGAGAACUGGCUCGUAACCCACCCUCUGACCCCUGCCGAACACAAACACCGCAACGACUAUAAACGCGCUGCUUUGCCAACCUUCAACUCAAUGGCUGUCGAGUCGAUGCUUGGCAACCAACCUGGACUUAACGACAACUUCAUCUCCUCUAACGAUGACUUCUUCUUCCUAGACGAUGCGACGACGGCAGACUUCACCUCACCUUUGUUCGGACCUGUGAUGCGACUCGACUACAAUCUGGUGGUCGAAGGGAAGCAAUCGCCUGAUUCGACUCCGGGUGAAUGGUCUUCCCUCUGGCACACCAGCUGGUUGCUCGAUCAACGAUUUGGUCAACGUAGCAGACCUUACGUGCAGCACGUCCACAAGAGUUUCUCCAAGUCGCUACUGCAGGAAGCACGUGUGGGUUGGGCAUACGAGCAUGCUAAACUUGGUCUCAACAGGUUUCGUAAUGGAGGAGACAACAUUGUGACCCAUUUCUUAGCUUAUUACAACGUCGUUGAGAGACACCGCGAAGCUUUGCUUUGGAGUUUCUUCAUGCUCAGACUUGACGAGGAUGGAAACGGACUGGUCUCUUCGCAAGAACUGCAAUCUGCAAUGUCGCAAAUGGGUCUGACUCAAAAACAGAUGGCCGACGCUUCUCCUGAAGCACUGUCCACCACAACAAACCGCAACUUGACAGUAACAGUCAAACUCGCCAAACGUACCACUCUUGCCGCCAACAACCCCAACUCUGCUCUCAUCAAAACAAGCUUCCCUGUCCCACUCAAAUCUCGGUACGCCUUCACUUCUCAAGACGGUUACCCGCUGGGCGAGCUCUCCGAUCGAGUCAUUUUCCGACGUGAGGUUCCCGAUGAAGGCUUCGUAAAGGAACGAGGUUGGCGCUAUGCCUCGGGUUACGAAGCACCCAGACGAGGUGAAGGUACUUACUGGGGAUGGCCUGAUUUCGUUGAUGAGCCUGCAGCACACCCGAAGAACGAAUGGCAUAAUCGUAGGUUCGAACAUUCUGCUUGUCAGCUGGAUCUCGAUCGGUGCCUUCUCCAACCUUUUCCCCACUUGGGGCAGUCCGGGAAGGUGGAGUGGGAGCAAAUCUUCAAGCGAUUCACUCAUGUCGAUGUGUCCUGUGGUGACUGCUUGAUCCACCAUCUUGUGUCCCAAUCUGGUCAGCGGGGGUUGAACGCUUUUCUCCCGCCCUCAGACCGCACUUUUACCGGGCCCAGCGAAGAGAAAGCUUCACAUCUUGCCGAAGUCCCCCACCUUCCCCUCACAUCCUCCUUCAACAGCUCAGCCCGCGAAGUCCCUCCCGCAUUCGAAGCCGAAUCUCCCUGCUUCACCCUCUCAUGCAUUCUCUCCAACUCUGGCUACGGCCACAACACAAAUCUCCGCACAUUCGCAAGUCAACUCAUCCAACGUUACUCCUACACUAUCGCCGAGUCUCCGGUUAAGUUCGAACGACUAGAAACGCAGAAUAACGCACGAAAGAUCAUGACUGCUCUCGAAGAAUCUACCGUUCGAGAGUCUGCUUUGGAUCGAUUCCGCGACCAGUACCAGCAACAGCAUCCUCAGCCGGAAGAGUAUGCAGAAGUGGCUGUAGACGAGGAGGAGGUGGUUGGAGAAGCGGAAAAGUGGCUUGAAAGCCAAAGUCAAAUCGACACCAGUCGGCCGAUUCUAGUCUGUAUCAACGACGACAUCACCGAUCGAUGGAUCGCAACCGUUGGACCCCAAUUCACCAAGUGGCUACGCAGAAUGUGGCCCGAGAAGCAACCUUGGGAACUUUAG